CCGGUUUGAAUUUUCAGAAUCAUAGUUUAGAUAAAUGGAGAACCGAAAAAAUUGAAUUUUGAUUCAGAUGCAUGGAAAGAUACUUGAUUUUUUGAAUCCCAUUUUCCCUUUAUAUUCUACACUGAAAUUAACUUCAAAUGCCAAAACCCUAAUUCACCAAGGGCCCGAAAUUCACCAUAAUUUGCACGAAUUCUCCUCCGAUGAAGAAUGCGGUACGGAUGCCCAAUCCCAACGAUAUUGGUUCACCGAACCGCCAUGAAGCAGGGGAAAAAGAAGGUUUCAGUGGCAUCAAACGGAGAAAGUGUAACAAAACAGUCACUGCCCGCAGAAGAGUUUCCAAGCAGAGUAGCACGACAAAGAAAAAUGUAUUGGUUAAUCGAAUUAAGGAGACAGCUUCAUCAGACUCAGUUCAGAAGAUUGAUUUGCGGUUGGAGGCGAAAUUGUCAGCGGAGGAGUAUUCGAGGAUGUUUGCCGGGCAGCAAAUACACCCAUUUUUUUCUUUAUGGAAAUUAGGGAAGAAAUCUCAGGAGCUGGAUAAGAGAAAACAUAGUUUAUGCACAGACAGGAGAGAGGAUGGAAGAAUUUCGGGUCCUGUUCAUAUUUUUGAAAAUUGUCAGGUAGAUGGUACCUCAUCCCUUGACUGGAAUAACUGGACAUUUUUGGGGAAGACUACCAUUGCAAAAUACAGUUCAGAAGCUCCGAAUUUGCCUGUUUUGAUGAGUUCUGUUGAACCCUUAAAUUUUGAUAACCUUCAUCGUGCUGUGGACCAAUCCCAUGCUUUAAUUUCUCAGAAUGCUAUGCCUUGCUCAGAUGGUCAGCUUUCUCUUCUGCCAGACAUUCUGCAAGAAAUAUCGCUAGCAAACUCUGCUGUGCCUGAUGAUCAACCAAUAUGCCCUUCAAAGUCAGAUGAUGCCAAGAUGGAUUUGGAGCUUGAUGGAGUCAGUACUUUUUCAGGGCAAGCAGGUUGUUUUAGAUCAUCAGACACUCAGCCCCCGAAUAGAUUUCUCCAAGAAAGUAUGAAGUCUUACUACCAUAAAUGUCAAGGUAAGUCCGGAAGCUUAUGGAUUCACAAGUACAAGCCAACAAAGGCCUUUGAGGUGUGCGGUAAUUAUGAAUCUGUAAAUUUCUUGCAUGAGUGGUUAAAACUUUGGAAGGAAAGACGAAAGCAAAGCAGAAUGCAUUCCGCUAAUGGGGAUCAAAGUGACUUGCAAGACUAUGAUUAUAAUGGUUCUGAUUGUGACUCUGAUUUGGAAAAUGUACACCAGGACAAAUUCUUGCGGAAUCUUCUUCUAAUUACAGGACCUGUUGGGAGCGGCAAGUCUGCUGCUGUCUAUGCUUGUGCCCAAGAGCAAGGAUUUGACGUUUUAGAGCUUAAUACAUCAGACUGGCGAAAUGGGACUGCUGUCAAGCAGUAUUUUGGAGAUGCUCUUGGAUCACACGGCUUCAAAAGGUUAUUGGAGCACACUCUGUGUUCACGGGAGAAAAAAACUGUGAAAUUGCCGUCAGCUCCAGCAUUUCCUAAUGAUAAAGCAGCAGAGGAUAUUGAUAAGGAUGUCAUUGAACUGAUAACCAUAUCUGAUGAUGGAUCCCAGAGUCCUGAUGGGACAUCUUGGAGCUUACAUCGCAAAAGUAGUGAAUUUACAUGUUAUAAUGUACAAACAUUAAUUCUAGUUGAGGAUGUGGAUGUGCUUUUUCCUGAAGAUCGUGGAUGCAUUUCUGCCAUACAACACAUUGCUAAGACAGCAAAAGGGCCUAUAAUAUUGACCAGCAAUAGUAAUAAGGUUGGCCUUCCAGGUAAUUUUGAGGGACUAAAUAUUUCAUUCUCGUUGCCAUUAGCAGAUGAGUUGCUUUGCCAUUUGUACAUGGUUUGUGUCACAGAAGAUAUCAACAGCAGCCCUCUUUUACUGGAGAGAUUUAUACAGUCUUGCAACGGAGAUAUUCGCAAAAUCAUCAUGCAACUUCAGUUUUGGUUCCAGAGUAAAAACUAUGCAAAAGAUCAGAAAGUGCAGACAUUUUAUAGCUCAAUUCCAUUUGAUCUCGAGGCUACUCAUCAGAUACUGCCAAAGAUAAUACCAUGGAGUUUUCCUUCAGAGUUUUCCAAACUAAUUGAGACGGAAGUUGCCAGGCUAAUAACCAUAAUGGAAGAAGACUCAUGCAUGCAGGGUUUACGUAUGAAAGAGUUUCAUGCAGUUGAAAGGAAAUUUGAUUCAGAUGUGCAAUCUAUGGACACUAAUUAUGUAGAUACCGCCAAGAGGAAUAGAUCUAUUUCAAAGUGCAGCCAGUCUGACAGUCAAUAUAGUAGUACUAUGUCUGAGCUUUCUAGUUGUUCUGGACUCCUAGGAAUUUCAUCUUGGCAAAAUUGCCAAAAGAAGCCGGUCAUUUCCUCUGGUUCUGUAAAUAAGGAUCCAAAUGAUAAUGGACAGUCUACAUAUUUUCAACCUUAUAAUGGACAAACUUUUGAAGUCAACAAUGAAUCUCCCUGCAAGUUUCAAUCUGAAACAUACACCAGCAAGUCAUUUCACAAGCUAGCUUGUUCUGGUUUGGAUGAUUGUAAAUGUUCAGGAACGGCUGAAGUUGCAUGCUUAACUGAAAAUAGGAUAGGGACCACAUUUAGUGCAGUGACUUCUGGCCUUCUUUCUGGCCCAACUAACUCUUUUCCAAAUAAUAACAUUACUCCUUUCACUCUAAGUGAUUAUCAGGGCAGAUCCAAAUUCCUGCAGAAAUUUGAACCACUUGAUGCUAGAAUUCAAGAAUCUUAUUCUACGGCAGCUGUACAAGAUUUUCGAGAUGAGAACAAUGAAGCUACAAGUCUAUAUGACACGACUCGUGAUGAAUUCAAACCAAAAUCAGAAUUAGACUCCAAUUUGAUUAUGGAAACAGAUGUGGUUCAAAAUAUGUGGAGGAAACUUCGUGAUCACCGAAUGGAUUUAGGACAGCAUGGCACUGCAGAACAGCUAGGUGCUAUUCAAGUUGUUAAACUUGCAAGUGGGUUGAGUAACCUACUCUCAGAAGAUGACCUGUUAUUUCGUAAUCAUCAAGAAAAAGAAUGUGGUAUCAUGGAACAUCCCAAGUUUCUUUCUGAUGAAGCCACAUUUAAUUGGUAUGAUGAGCAAGCGAUGAUGUCCACGAUUGCUGUACACGGGUUUUGUUUUUAUGCUAAAUGUAUUUCAGAUGUAGGAUCUAUGUUUGGUUUUGAGCCUGAAAACAAUACAGAUAUAACUUCGGAAAUGUUGGCUUCCACUACUAAUGUUAUGACACUGGGGAAGUUAUCUAGACAGGAUCACAAAAAAAUCACAACUUUAUAUACUAAUAAACAAUUAGAGCUGAAGAAAACAAUGAACGAUACUAAGAGUGAAAGCAAAACAUCUCUGAUGAAGGUGAUCCAGUCCAUUGUUCCUACAAGAUUAUCACUGGCGCUGAAAGGCACUGCAUUCAAUGAGUAUCUAUCUACGGUUCGCCAAAUUUCGAUUUCAGAAGGUUUACGCAUUUUGCAAGGUGUUGAGAAGAAGAGAGGAAAAAGGGCCCGGAGUGCUCAACAUUACUUGAGCAGAUGCACAAUGAUGUCUCCUGAAGAUAUAUCAUUGGUAUGUCAGGGUGAUUUGUACAGUAAGAUGUCUUCACAAUUCACAGCUGAGGUGAAAAGCAACUGUACAUGAAUUAAUUUAUGGGGCAGAUUAGGAAAUAUUCAUCUCAUUCAUUUUGUGAUGUACCGUAGCCAUAGGUUAGGUACUGGUAUGUUAUAUAGAUCGGCUUAGGGUACAUUUUCUUUAUAUAUUUUUUAUUGUAUAAAGAAUAAAUGUUUUAUCUUGUUAAUUCUUAUCAAUUAUUUUUACAGAUUUGCUAUAUAU